AUGGAGCUUGAGGCGCUGCAGCUCGUCGAGUUUGCCUACAACCGGCAGCGCGGAGAGCCGCGCUACAUCCCGUUCCGACACCGCGGUGUACCGCCUCGAUAUCCUGCGUUCGAUCUGCUGCUGCCGGUUCUGCUGCUGCCUUGGGACGACGAGCGUGGUGGCGUCAUGUGCUUUGCACAUCCGCUGCACCAGGCUCCACUGGCGUCGGACGCAUCCAAUCAGGACGAGAUGGCGCUACUGGGCGUAUGUCGCUGCGGCGUCGUGCGCUUUGCUAAGUAUUUCCAACGUGGCUGCUUGGGAUCUGCCCCCACGUACGACGUGGCGCUUAAAAUUAUGGACAAGACGCAACUCAAGCUGCAGCACGACGACGUGCUUAACGAGGUGCGCGUCAUGGCACAGCUACAGCCACCGGGCUUCUCAGGUGUAUACCACUCGCCUCACCUGUCGCAGUGGGAAUGUCUAGCCGACGAGCACAACGAAUACAUUGCUAUGGACUGGGCAGCUAAUGGCAGUCUCAUCAUGUACGCCAAGCGACGGCUUACAGACUACAAGCGCUUCGCCGUGGAGCGACUGGUGAAUCGAAUGACGUCACUACCGGAGCUGGAACACGCCGUCAAUACCUUCGUGUCCAGAGCGUGGAUGCUCGAGGCGCUGUAUAUUUUCGAAGGAGUCCUCAAAGGCCUUGCCUACAUGCAUGCGCAGAAUGUGUGUCACUUAGAUGUUGACCCGUGCAAUGUGGUGAUAGAUGCCGAUUAUAAUCCAAGGGUUAUCGACUUUGGCAGCUCCGAGAUCAUGACAAACAAUGGACGGGCAGGAGCCGACGACCGCUUGAUCAAGUUUAAGCCGCUCUAUGUUGCAGAAGAAGUGAGGGCGCAUAAUCAACGCCCUUCACCACGCCCGGGCUUCUUGGGAGCCCCCGCCGAUAUGUGGUCUACUGGAGUGUUGUUGUACCAGUUGCUGUGUUUUGGAUACCCUAAGGGCCACUUGGCUCUUGUUUGUGAUACGAAUUGGGCGACGAAUCUACUUGCACAUGCGAAUCAACCAGGCUACGACCAAUGUCUAGGACAGGAUGGCUGCCUCAUUUGCUUCCGUCGCAUCGAGUUCCCCGACGUAAUUUUCGAAAUCUUUCGUGGUUUGCUGCUCGCGGACCGUCCGACCGAACGAUUGACGGCUGUGGAGGCAGCGAACCUGCUUCGACCGCUGCUUAUCGACUACGACGUCGACUUUAACCGUCGCUCACAAUCAGUACUCGAUACGCUCGGAUGA